AUGACUGAGACUCGGUCUUCUAUUAGAAAUUUGGAGACUCAGAUGGGGCAAUUGGCUGCUCUUAUGGCCAACCGUGCUCAAGGUAACCUUCCUAACACAACUGAGGUUAACCCAAAAGAGCAAUGUCAGGCUAUUACAUUGAGAAGUGGAAAUAGUAUUCAAGAAACUGCAUAUAUCAACAUUCCAUUUGUGGAGGCUCUAGAGCAAAUGCCCAGUUACGUGAAAUUCAUGAAAGACAUCUUGUCUAAGGAGAGAAAAAUGGGAGAAUAUGAAACUGUGGCAUUAACUAAAGAGUGUAGCACUAUUCUGCAAAGGAAACUCCCUCAGAAGCUGAGAGAACCUAGGAGUUUUACUAUACCUUGCACCAUAGGGAAUAUUGAGAGCAUGAAUGCUCUAUGUGAUUUGGGAGAAAGCAUUAAUCUGAUGCCGCUUUCAGUUUUCAGAAGAUUAAAGCUGGGGGAAGCAAGGCCUACCACGGUGACAUUACAAUUGGCAGAUCGUUCAUUGUCACAUCCUCGAGGUAUAAUAGAAGAUGUCCUAGUGAAGGAGGACAAGUUUAUCUUCCCAGCAUAUUUUAUUAUACUUGAUAUGGAGGAGGAUACAAAUGUUCCACUCAUCCUUGGUAGACCAUUCUUGGCAAUAGGCCAAGCUUUGAUUGAUGUGCAGAAAGGUGAGUUGAAGCUAAGAGUACAAGGUAAGCAAGUUGUUUUCAAUGUACUCAGGGCUAUGACUUACUUUAGGGCCAGUGAUAGCUGUUUUUCUAUGGAUGUGGUGGCGAGUCUAGUGGAUGAGAAGAAGGUAGUAGAAGACCCUCUUGAGUUGAGUCUGAUAGAGGAGGAAGUUACUGAACAAGAUGGGAAGGAAGCCAUGGAGUAUGCGAAGUGGUUGAAUUCUUAUGGGCCUUUGAAGAGGAAGUACUUUGAAGAGCUCGGUUCCAUGCCUACAAGACCAUUGCCUUCAAUUGAGAAGCCGCCAGAGUUAGAAUUGAAGGUAUUGCUUAAUCAUUUGCGAUAUGAAUUCCUCGGUAAGAACAAGACACUUCUUGUGAUUGUAUCUGCUUUGCUUUCAGAUGUUAAAAUAGAGAUGUUGCUAAGGGUGUUGCGCAUGCAUAUGAGAGCCAUUGGGUGGACUUUGGCUAACAUCAAGGGGAUUAGCCCCUCAACAGUGAUGCAUAGAAUUUUGAUGGAAAAUGGAAUUAAGCCAACUAUUGAUGCUUAA